CUCUACCCGUUUUCUUUGUUGUUUUAGAGUGAUCUUGAGCUUGAACACGACCACGUUCGUGACAUUCAUUCAUAACAUUGCGAGUUCCUAGCAUCGAAGUUUGGGGAGUGGUUACACUGCGAUAGGUGGUUACUUCCAGGAACUACGGGGCUAUAAGUUCACACCUCAAUUAGACCGACAUGAUAGGCACUUGUUUAACAUGAUCAACAUAAUUGAUAGAGAUAAGGUCAACUAAUAUGUAUAUAAAAGGCAUCAAAUUUUUGGCAACGAUGCAGAGUACAUCUCGAACAUCACAAGUGGAAUAAUACAAGUGAACAAGAUGAAAGUUACUCUACUAGCUGUGGUGGCACUCACUACAGUGGCAUCCUUCGUUGGAGCCGCCGAUCCUGAAUGCAUAUACCGGAAGAUACGAGGAUUCUCGGCGCACUGGCCGAAUCCCUUGAGCUGCUCCACCUACUACCGUUGCUCCUCGAAGAACACCGUGCGCAAGGUGACGUGUCCGUUGGGCAAGGAGUACAACCCGAAGAGUGGCAGGUGCUCCAACGCAGGUCGAGGUCUCUGUAAGCUGAGUCUCAUAGCUCCACUUGCCGAGACCACUAAUGUGUGUUCCUCAGAAGUGAAUGGAGCCUAUCUGGCUAAGAGCGGCUAUUGUGCCGAGUUCUACAUCUGCGACGAGCAGACGGCCUACCCUCAGAAGUGCGACUCAGGAAGCUACUUCAAUGAUACCCAGGGUGCCUGCCUUCCGGAUACGAACUCUACCUGCUGGCAGAACCUGUGCGUCGGAAAGACGAGCGGUGUGUUCUUGGCUAACGAGGAGAACUGCGGCAGCUACUAUGUGUGCUCCGACUCGGAGGCCACUCUUCAGACUUGUCCUCUGGGCAGUUUCUUCAACACAACGGUGGCCGCCUGCACCGUCGACACUGGAAACAAGGAAUGCUGGACUAACUUCUGCAUUGGAAAGACUGAUGGAUCGGCUGUGGCUGACGAGUCCAACUGCUCCGCGUUUUACGUGUGCUCCAACAGCACGGCCACCGCUCAGGAAUGUCCUGAAGGUAGUCACUUUGAAGACACCAACUGGGGUUGUGUUCCCGGGGAUUGUACCACGGAGUCACCAACCACAACCACUGAACCCUGUGAUGAGGUGACAACCACCACCACCGAACCCUGUAAUGAGGUGACAACGGAACCUCCAGCCUCCUGCGAUUGUGGUGACAUCAAGAACGCCGAAUUCAUUCCCGAUGUGGAUAACUGCCGCAAGUACUUCAUCUGCAGCGAUGGUGUCCUGGUGGCCAAAGAUUGCGGCAAGGGAAACUUGUUCAAUGCCACCCUCAGCGUUUGUGAGGUGGAUUCAAAGAACGAGUGCUGCGUGGAGGAUUGCACAGAUGGUGAGGUGAAAGUGGAUCCCCAGGAUUGCACCAAGUACUUCAAGUGUCAGAGUGCCGAUUGGACAUCCACACCGUGUGCAGCAGGAAGCUAUUUCAAUGUAACUCUGAAGACUUGCCAAGUGGACAAAGACAAUGUGUGCAUUGAAGCUUCGACCUCCACAGAACCCACAGUCGCUACUGUUAACCAAUGCAGUGCCCGAGAUCUCCCAGCCAGCGGUAAGAAUUGCUGGAGCUACAAGGUCUGCAUCGAUGGCCAGUGGGAGGAUGAGUCUUGCCUGGCGGACUACUACUUCAACGCCACAUUGGGCAUUUGCCGCCCGGAUACAGAUAACCUCUGUCCGGAGAACCGAUCGAGUGGAUCCCGUCAGAAGAGGAGCGUGGAGGAUUGCACCUGCGAGGGCGGCAUCGCGCAGGGAAGCAUCAUCAGCCAUCCCACCGAUUGCGGGAAGUAUCUGAUCUGCGAGAAUGGAGAGCUGGUGGAGGGCCUGUGCGGCGUGGGCAAUAUCUUCAAGAAUUGCAGCGGCGUCUGCGUUCCGGACACCAAGGCCACCUGCUGGGUGUGCAUCAACAAACCGAAUGGCUACCAGAUGCCCAAUCCGACCGAUUGCACCAGUUAUUUGACCUGCUGGAAUGGCUUGGCCACGGAGCACUCUUGUGGAUCCGGGGAGUGGUACAAUGGCAAAGAUGAGUGCGCCAUUGAUGUGUAUGGCAAGUGUAUCAACCCAUGCUCCUGCACCGCCAACGGCAACGUGGCCCAUCCCAUCUGCACCGAUUACUUCAAGUGCACGGACGGAGUUCCCCAGGUGGUGCAGUGCCCCGCCGGUGAGGCCUUCGAUUCUAAAACUGGUCUGUGCUCCGCCACCGCAGAGUGCUCGGCCAAGAACUGCGCCACCGCCUCUGACGGCACCACUUACCCCGUGGCCGGAGACACAACCAAGUUCUACGUAUGCCUCAACAAGGAGCCCACCAUUGUAGCCUGUCCGGCUAAUACCGCCUACGAUGCAGACCUGGGCUUUUGCAAGACCGUACCCAGUCCUGAUUGCGACCAGACUGUGUGCAAGACUGCCACUGAGUACUCGACCUACCCAUCGCAGAGUAACGACUCUUCGACUUUCUGCCUGUGCGAAAAUGGUGGAGGAUAUCUCAAGUCAUGCCCCACCGGAUUGUUUUACGACGAAACUACAGACACCUGCUCUUUCUCAGGAAACUGCGAUCCUCUGAUCUGCACCGGUGAGUCGGAGUACCACGUUUCCACGGACUACGAGGACCCCAAUAGUUUCUGUUUGUGCCGCGCUGGCGAUCCCAUCUCAGUGCCCUGUCCCCGAGGCUACACUUUUGACAGCAAUAAGAUGGAGUGCGUCCUCAUUUCUCAGCCAGAUCCACGAUGCUCAUGCCAUGCAUGCGUGGGCAAGACGGACUUCGAUACUGUUUCGGCUUUGGAUACUACCGAUGGCUUCUGCCUCUGCGUGGACGAGGUUCCCAAGUACGUCAGCUGCCCCGAUAAUUCCCAAUAUGACAAUGAUCUGGGUUACUGCACCAGCACUGCGGAAGAAACUACUUGCGCUGUGAAUGCCUGUAAUGCCACCACUUGUGAGAAGGAAUCGGACUACAACACCUUCCCCGUGCAAAGCGAUCCAUCUGGCUUUUGCUACUGCCUUAACUACUGUCCAAUCUAUCGCGCCUGUGGCGAUAAUCUGGAGUACAACGAAAAGUUAGGAAUCUGCAUGGAACCAGUGGAUUCCUGUGCUGUCCCCAAAUGCAAUGAAGAGAAAUGUGACGUCCUGGCGGAGUACGCACCAUAUGAGCCCAACGAGGGAUCAGAUGGAUUCUGCUAUUGUGCGGGCGGUUUGCCAACCUUCCGUCUCUGUCCCGAUGGCCUGGAAUUCGAUGCCUCUUUGGGAUUUUGCAAAAAGCCUGUGGAUGGCUGCGUGACUGCCCUGUGUGAUGUUGGCAAGUGCUCUACCUAUAGCGACUACGAUCCCUUCCCAGUAAACGGGGCUACCGCGGACAGCGAUUCCUUCUGUUACUGUGAAGAUGGCGACGUUGUCCUGACGCAGUGCAGCCCCGAAAUGGUGUACCUUGCGGAUCAGGGGCGAUGCGGAGUGGUGGCGGCAUCCGAGUGCGUUUGCGAAGCGGGUCAGUGCGGCACCUCCAGUGAGUACUACUCCUAUCCGGCUCUGAGCACGGUCGAUGGCUUCUGCUUGUGCGUGGGUGGUCUCCCAGUGUUUAAGGAUUGCCCCGACGGUAAGACCUACAACACCGCCGUGGAUGCCUGCCUGUCGCCCACUUCCAAGAUCACCGAGGCCAGCCUCUGCGAUGCAAGCCGAUGCCACAGCCGUGCCGUUUUGGCCUCCACUUUUGCGGCCACCAAUACCAACAGUGGAUACUGCAGCUGCCAGGAUGUGGGAGUUUCCAACUUCACCAGCUGUGCGGAUGAGCAUGUUUACGAGGAGAGCGCAGGAUCCUGUGUGCUCGAGGCUUGCGAUUACACCUACUGCCUGAACAAAAUCGCCUCGGAAACCUUCGAGGCGAAGAACACCACCGAUGGCUUCUGCUCCUGCAAUGGAGUGGCCACCUUCCAUCAUUGCGAAACGGGACAUGUUUUCGACAAGGUCCAGGGCAUUUGUCUGCUGAAGGACGGCAUGGCUAUGAUCUCUUGCAACCUCAAGGAAUGCCUGAAGCGAAGCCAAUUCGAACCCUUUGCCGCGGAAAACACCAGGUCCGGAUUCUGCUCCUGCGAUGACCAGGAACGAGUCAGUGUCACCUAUCAUCCUUGUGCCGAGGGCCAUCUAUUUGCCCCCGAACUCGGCGUGUGCAAGGACCACGACAUCCAGAAGCGCUCCUUGGAGGCGGAGGAAAACAUUUGUUACAUGGAUGAGAUGCGCUCGGUGCCAGCGAACUGUUCCCAGUACGAGGUGUGCAUCGAUGGCCACUGGCGUCGACGCACUUGCUCCGACCAGCGGUACUACAAUCCGGAGCAGCAGCGAUGCCUGGAGCCCCGGGACGACCUGGUCUGUGCCUACGCCCGCGUAUCGAAUCUACCGCCCUGCAGCAAUGUGAGCGAAUCUCGGACAGUUGUGGCCAAAAGUGGCAACUGUCUGCAAUACUUCCGCUGCUUCGGUGGCAAAUGGCGCCUGCGCAACUGCCCCAAGCAGCAUUACUACUCCCCUUCGAUAGGAUCAUGUCUCCCCUUGCCGAGGGGCCAUGAGCAGGAAAGGAAUCAAACCAUGUGCGGCUUGGCCAGGAGCAAGUCUGUCAGUAAUUCCUCGCAGGAUUGCCAGCACCUAGCAGUACGUCCUUCGUUGGCAGGAGGCUGUCAAAGUUACCUCAUGUGCCUGGACAACUCCUGGUGGCUGCAUCAGUGUCCCUUGGGCAUGUUCUUUAGCCGGGAGCACAACUACUGUCUGCCCAAUGAUGCGGGUCAGUGCUCUCAGCCAGCAGAGCCAAAUGCGACGAACUGCUCCAAUGGAGACAGCCGGUCCUUGGUGGGCAGUUGCCACAGCUACGAGCUGUGUGCAGGUGGUCAGUGGACCAGGAGACGCUGCCAGGAGCGGGAGCAAUUCGAACCCAUGCUGGGAUGUAUGCCCAGCGAUGGAAGCUGUCAUGACAAUGGGAUGAGACGGAUCUGUCAGGAGGGGGAUCUACGAGCUCGGUUCAGAGACAACUGCUCCCAGACAUUCCUCUACUGCGAGGCGGAGGAGUGGCAUUUGGGCAGCUGCCUAAGAGGGCAUAGUUUUGCCGGCAGUCUUAACAAGUGCCAGGUGCAAUCGCAGUGCCAGCUCCAGAUGAGGGAUCUCCCCUCGGAGAAUCGGUGCCUGGGUCAGAUGGAUGGCCUGAGUGUCGCCGAUCCCUCGGAUUGCACUCGAUUCUACCUGUGCCUCCAGCAGACUCCCGCCAUCCUGCAGAACUGCGUCUCCGGCAGCUUCUUCGACUCCAGCCAAGGAUACUGCCGACCAAAUGAUGGCUCUUGCCAGCUGGCCAUUUGCUCGGGUAUGGAAGAUGGCAAACUGGUGGCACAUCCGGAGGAUUGUCGUUCUUACUACAGCUGCUCCAGCCAGAAUGGAACCCGGUUGAUACAGUGUGAUGAGGGGCAGUACUUCCACAGCUUGCUCUCAAUUUGCCGGAUGGAUUAUGGCCAGUGCCGAAAAGUUUCCAAUGAUGAGGAUACUGGGACCGCAACCAGGAUGUGCUCUGGACUGCAUGGAGUGAGAUUACCCCACGAGCGCUACUGCAAUUUGUACUACGCCUGCGUAAGGGGACUAGCUAUUCCCGUGGAGUGUCCAGCAGACCAUCAAUUUAAUCCGGUGCUCUCCACCUGCGAACCGGAAUCACAGGCGGUACAACCAUGUCCCAAUGGUCAGCUGGAGGGGAAUAUUAGCUACGUCUACAGCUGUGGAAACCUCCAAGAUGGCAGCUUCCUGGCCAAUCGGACUGACUGCACCCGGUACUUUAUCUGCGCCGGAGGAGUGGCCACUGCCCAGCGAUGUGCCGCGGGCACCUUCUUCGAUUCGGAGCAACAGCUCUGCCUGGCCGAUGAUGGCUCAUGUCCACUGGUGGAAUCAGAUACAGAUUAUGAUGACAGUCCAAACAAUCAGCAUGUGCCUCCAGAUCCGAUGGUUUGUGAGGGCAAACAUGGAUAUAUCAUGCCCGAUCCGGCCAACUGCAAUAACUUCUACAUCUGCGUCUCUGGAAAACUUCGCCAUGAGCUUUGCUAUACGGAUUACUUCUUCAACACCACGUUGCAGCAGUGUCAGGCCUACGAAGUCAUCUCGAAUGGAGAUUCCAUAACAGAGAAAUCUGUAGAGUCCCGACAGGUGGCGUUAGGUGGUCAGGAAAAGGCAGCGACGACUGGGAUCUGCAAGGAUGCGCCCACUACUUUUGCUGGAAUAUGUGGUGUCAUCGGAAAUGGCGCUUAUGUGGCGGAGCAGGGUGACUGUAGAAGAUACACUAGCUGCGAGGACGAUGAACCCGUCUCCCAGCGAUGUCGCAACGGCGAAAGCUUCGACAGUCUCUUGGGAAUCUGUCGACAGAGCGAUGGAACCUGCCUCAUGGAGAACGGCGAAAGGGUGGGAGUCUGUAACGGAAAGCAUGGUCAAUUGACUCGGGAUGCCGACAACUGCAGGGGAUACUUCACCUGCGUCCAUGGCCAAAAGAUCGAUGGAGAAUGCCCCCAAGGAGAGUGGUUCAACCGGCUGACCAGCAGCUGCGAAGUUGAUGUCUUGCAACAGUGCAUAAGUUCUCCAAUGAACGUAAUCAGCGGCGAUAGUUUGGGUUAA